GCCAGCAGGAGGGGACAGCACGAGGGACCCCAGGUCAUAGCUGUGCCCCCAGGCAGGAUACAGCCUGGCUCACCACAGCUGCCUAGACCCUGGCCCUCACACCGAACCUCUCCAGCCACAAUGUUGUUUGGGUUGCUGUUUCUCACGGCCCUGAGCCUCCUGCAGAUCCCUCUCAGUGAUGGGCAGGGCUGCCUGAGCAAGCGAUCAGUGCUGGCCACCAUCCGCCAGAUGCAGAAACUGCUGUCCACCCAGGAAGCUGCCCAGCUGCAGGGCCUGCGCGGCCUUAGGAAGCAGCUCACCAUGCUCCAGGGGAACGUCCACAAACAGGCCACACGGAGGAAUGAGACAUGCCCCCAUCUGGCUAUGCCAACACACGGCAGGAAGCUAGGGAAGAAAGUGGGCAUAGGGCACGAGGUGCAUUUCCUGUGCAAUGCUGGCUUCCAGCUGGUGGGCUCAGAGACUCGACUGUGUCAGGAGAACCGAACGUGGAGCGGACAGCAGCCCUUUUGCAAGAGUAUUGAUGACUGUGCCAGCCAGCCCUGCACCAAUGGGGGCACCUGUAUGGAUGACGUGCAGCGAUACAUCUGCCUCUGUCCAAGUGGCUGGACUGGAAACAACUGCCAGACGCCAGCCACCUCCUACUGGGUGUCCCUGAGCAACUCGUCCUUCAGCCGCCAGCCCCGCUGUGCCGAGAAUGGGCAGGGUGCCCGGCAGUGCAGCUGUGACGUCGGCUUCCAGAUGCGUGCCGGAGGCUUGUGUCAAGAUGUCGAUGAGUGUCAGAUGUUCCAGCUGAACCACCAGAACAGAAUCUGUGUCCACAGCUGCGUCAACCUGCCUGGGUCCUACCGUUGUAUCUGCCCUCCAGGCUACCUGCUCAACCCUGACCAAAACACAUGUGAAGAUGUGGAUGAGUGUGCAGACCAGCAGCACAACUGUAGCCGAGGCGAGCUGUGCAUCAACGUCUUUGGGGGCUUCCAGUGUGUGCGGCCAGAAUGUCCCCGGCCCCGGCACAACGCCAGCUACGUGAAGACAUCAGCCUUCCAGUGCGAGCGGAACCCGUGUCCCGUGGACAGCCAGGCCUGCCGCCAGGCGGCCAACUCCAUCUCCUUCCACUACCUGCCGCUGCCGUCCAACCGCACGGUGCCCCGCGUGCUCUUCAGGAUGUCCACCACGCGCUUCCUUGGAGACAGCCUGCGCUUUGCCAUCACGGGUGGCCGGGGCCUCGGGGCCUUCGCGGUACAGCGCUCAGACCGGCACACGGGCGAGCUGGUGCUGACCAGCCCCGUGCCGGGCCCUGCCACGCUGGAGGUGCAGCUGGAGAUGAGCGAGCUCUCCAAGAAGGUUCUGCUGGGCAAGCACGUCUUCAGGAUCACCGCUUUCAUCUCCCCCUAUGAGUUCUAGCUCAUUGGUGGUGGGGGCCCCCCCUGGGUGUCCGCAGCUGCUUCAUGAUAGGGCUGGGGCUGAGACCCACAGCCAGAAGCAGCACUGCUGCUCUUGUGUCCUUCCUCUGCCACAAUCCACAGUGCUGGGAUGCUAGGGAGGGUAGGGGAAAGACCAACAACCAUGACCUGGGGGUCAGAACACCUGGGUUCUGGUCCUCACUCUGCCAUUUGUGACAUGUACGAGCCUGAGCAAGUCACUUCCCCUACCCUGGGUCUCAGUUUCCCCAUCUGUAGUAUUACACAAGAUUA